AAAUUAAGUUCUCUUUAAUGGGUGAAAUUUGUAAAUAAUGAUACGUUCACCCAAAAACUAAAAUCUCAUCCUCAUGGUGUGUCCUACCAAAUACUGUCCCCUGUUAUUUUUCUGUGGAACAAAAACGGGGGGAAAAGAUUUGAAUUGCAUUUUAUUUUUAAUCAUGAGAAUGAGUAAACGAUGACUUCAUGUUUUUUAAGGUAAACUUAUCCUGUGAAGACGACACUUGUUGAAGCAAUCUAGCAAGUAACUUAAAUAGCUAUUCUUAGAAUACAUUUGAUAAAGGCUCUUUGUUCCUUUUAGUUAGACAGAAACCCAAACUUUCACAUUUGCAAAGAUGCAAAUGUGUGAUAGUUCUCCAUUUCGAAGAUGCUUAGUACAUGUAUACAUGGUACAUCCACAAAACAGCUAAUUGUGCAAAAGUGCAAUUUAAAUCCCAUUACUGCUGCUUGUUAAAAUGCUUAAUAUUAAAGUCCCACCAGAUUUGCUGCAAAACUGUAGAUGUUUGUAUUUCAAGACCCUUGUCGCCAUGUGAGUUGGUAGGAAAAUACAGGUAAACCACACACUUUAAAUAUUAUGGAUAUGUUCCUCAUACUGUUCAGCUACAGUAUGACCAGCCUCAUAUUUCCUUAUUACUGCAAUGUGAAGAGCGACUGAAGAGACACAGCAGCACACAUGGGCUAUCUAUUUCAGAGUGGAUGCUGUAUGACGGUCUGAGGCUUUUGGAGGUUUAAGUGAACCGUCAUCUCAACCCUCAACAUGUCUGAUGAACAGCUGACGAACAUUUUUGAGGAGCUGAACCGGCUGUCCUCUCGCAGACAGCAGCUGAUUGACAAACGCAAUAUCCUGGCAAUGCUCAUCCAGUUCAAGCGAAACAAUGGCCAGAAUGAGCAACAGUAUUCCAGAGAGACUGAAGAAUUUAACGAGAUUGAUGAGCAGCUUAAAGUUCUCACUGAAAAGAAGCUUGAACUGGUGAAUUUGCAAGAAAUAUCGGGAGGCAAUCAUUUAAUAGACACUACUGUUUCAUCUACAGACAGGCCGCCGUCUUAUCCAGCUCCGCAGGUGAUUCUGGAUGUCGAGCAACUUCCUCGACACUCAGCUCGGACGCAGUGUCCAUUCUGUCGCCAGUAUAUAACCACAGAUGUCUCAACCAAAGCUGGCAGUGCCGCCUAUAUUGUGUGUCUUAUUUCCAUUCUUUUUUGUUGUAUAGCUGGCUGCUGUGUCAUCCCGUUCUGCAUGGAUAGAUGCAAAGAUGUCGUUCACAAGUGUCCAAAAUGUCGGAGUCACAUAAAAACAUGCAAAAAGCUCUGAGGAGUGGAAUGUUUGAAUCCCGUAAUGUGAACUGAAAAGGUUGCUGGAAAUGUUUCAGCCGGUGUCAUCCUGAACGUUUUACAGGGACAGUAGGCCUACCCAUGGAAUUACCUGAAGUGGCUUUUUUAAAGGAUACGAUAUGGCGCUGUCACGGUUCGCUCUUUGUGGGGACGAAGCCAACUUUUCGGUUUGCCUUAAAACUGCCUCCAAAACUAUCCAUACCGAAAGGAAAAUGCAAGACUUCUGUGAGAUUUCAGUCUUCUGGUUUGAACUUAAAGAACAUUCAAUGCCAAUUUAGAAUUUUGGGUUGAAUAUUUGCAGCUAAAGCACUGAACACUUUCAGGUUGUGCAGGAUUAUAAAAAAAAUAAAUCAAAAUGCAAUCAGGGUUUCUGCGGUUUUAAGUCUUAAAUCGCCCUUUUACAAUUUAAGGCCUUAAAGUGGUCUUAUAUCAGAGUAGAAAGUCAAGAUAUUUACUUGAAAUGCAAAGGUAUAAAUGAAAUCGUGCAAAAACUGAAAACAAUUAAGUGAAUUUAUGCUUAGAGCAAUAAUACAUAUCUGCAAUAGUGCUG